UCUCUAGUUUCUACUGCAGGCUCGGAUCAGCUAACCGCUCUUGAGACGCGUCGCUCUAUCGCACACGACGCGCGGCUGCGUGUCGCCUUUACUUCCUCCUCGAGCCCUUCAAUUUAUUGCCGGCGAUGUGUUCUGGAGGUGGAGGUGACAGAGGACGAAGGGAAGGCGAUGGUGGGGAUUUUCUCUCGGGGUUCUGGCGGAUGGGGGCACAACCGAACGCAGAGCGCGAUCGAUGUUAGGACCUCAUCGACACCAAACAUAGAGGAAGUUAGUUCUGUUCAUGCUGCUGCACGCCAUGCGUUUGAAGAAGCGGUGGAGUUUAAACCAGUGGAGCACCCAUCUGAGCCAAUGGUCUAUGAUCAACCGAUUACAUGCCCACUACCAGAACCUUCAAUAAUAAAUGACGGAAGAAUAUGGGAACAAAGGAGGACAUCUGCCGCCCGCCGUGCCAAGGCUGAUUUACCAGUUGUUAAGGAUGCAUCAGGCCUUGAAUCCCGAGAUGGAUCAAAGCCAACACCAAAUCCAGCUAAACUGCACAUAUCUUCAUCUCUCAGCGCACCUGAAUAUAGUAUCAUCAGUCUGUUAGAGGAGUGUAAUUCAUUUCAAGAUCGAUUGUAACUAAAGUCAGAAUGCACCUUUGCAGCUCCUUGCGUACAUCUUAUUUUUCAUGUUGUAUCUUCAGUCUGUCGUGUUUAUGAACUUCUUUGUUACUUCCGAGGUCAAAAUAUCUUUUCUACA